GUUGGAAGCCUAUACACCCUCUCUAUUUAUAGGCUCCCAUCCCUUCUCAAUUUUCCUAUCCCACCGAUGUGGGACUUUGAAGUAACACUCAACACUUGCAAUCGGCGGUGGAUUGGGAUGGAGACGGGGAAGAAGAAGAAGGGGAAAUUGAAGAAAGAGGAGAAACCGGCGUCCAGGACGAGCAGCAAUGGCACGCAUGGGACCCCCCACGUCGCAGCCGGCGUCCAGGAUUCGGUCGCCGACCUUCACUCCCAGCAGAUCGACGACCAUCUCUUCGUGUAUUUGGGUCGCGUCGCGAUGGGAUUUCCCCUGGAUGGAGGGGGAGAAGUGGAAGGAUUGGCCCCAACCCCACUCGUAAAGGUCUGUGACGAGGCUGCAGAAGCUCAACCAGAUGUCUCUCUCCUACAGACCCCAAUUAUAGCCGUAGAAAAUAAUCAUAGCACUUUACCUGAGGAGAGUGAACAGUCUCAAAAGUGGGGCCUACAUUCCCUCUUCAAUGUACAGGAGCACUUUCCUUCCUUCUCAGCUGCUAAAUCUUUUGCCUCAAAAAUUUUCCUGUCAUCAGCAAGCAAGGAAUCAGUUAACCAUCAUCAUAACCCUCUAAAUCAAGGGAAGGCACUCAAAUCAUCAGACAAACACCACUGCUCAAAAAUAUUGGACAUGGGAUCUAAGGAUGACUUGUUUCUAAUUGAUCCUCAGGCUUGGGUCUCAACAGAUGUUAGCCUCAUAUCCCAGUUUAUCCCUAAGGUUAUCAAUGUCUCUGAUAACGAGCUCAUUUGUAAUGUUCCUAAUGAAGAGGAAGUGACUAAAGCUGUGUGGGAUCAUAGCCCAGACAGUGCAGCAGGACCUGAUGGUUACAAUGGCUACUUCUUCAGACAAUGUUGGAAUAUCAUCAAGUUGGAUGUCAUCCUAGCUUGCCAAGAAUUUUUCCUUGGAAUUCCAGUUCCUAGUUCAUUUGGGAGUACUUUCAUUACUUUGAUCCCCAAAUCAGAAGAUCCUAAAUCUUUUGGGGAUUACAGAACUAUAUCUCUUUCAACAUUUAUGAGAAAAAUCAUCAGUAAGAUCCUAGCAUCUAGACUUUCAGUCCUUCUGCCUAAGUGCAUAUCAGAGGAACAGACAGGUUUUCAAAAAAACAAAGGUGUAGAAGAGCAGAUACUUCUGACAGAAGAAAUGGUCCAUAUGAUUGACAAAAACACAAGGGGAGAUAACUAUAUUGUCAAACUAGACAUGGCCAAAGCAUUUGACAAGGUGGAAUGGGAAUAUCUAGAAGCUAUUCUGGAUCUAAUGGGAUUUAAUGAAAGGUCACAACAGCUUCUAAUGGCGAACUUGAAAGAGGAAGGAGGGCUGGGAAUCAGGAGUCUUGAGGAUACCCAAGAAGCAUAUUCUAUUAAACUUUGGUGGAAGGUUCAGACUGAUGAAACCCUAUGGGCUAAAUACAUGAGAGCCAGGAAUCUACAUCACAAGGAAGCUGAACGGCGAGGAAUGCGGAACAUAUUAAGCAGGCCAGGUGAAGAAGUCGAAGCUGUUGAAAAUCUUUGGUGAAGAAGACGAUGAUUUUGAAGAAGAUGAAGAUCUUGGGAGAAGUAUUAUGUUGGGUUCUUCCGUGAACUUUUCUUGUAUUAGUUGUGAUGUUCUAAUUAGUACAGGCUUUUUGUUUUCUUCAUCCUCUUGUAUUUUGUUUUUACUUUCGGGGCGUUGGUAUAGUCCUCCUCGAACGUGUACUUCUCUGUCUUUUUAAUAAAUUUGGUAAGGCCGG